AUCCAUGCAUGAAAUGGGCCACGUGAAGGCAAGGUAGUUCCAUGCAAGCAAGCCACGGCGCGGCGGCGCCAUCGAGGGCGGGGCGCGGCGGCGAGAGCGAGCGCUGGCGUUUCGAGCUUCAUGGACCAUGGUGCUCUACGAGUAGCUAAGAGAAUCGGAAAGCUCGCUACAGUGCGAUAUGUAAUGGCUCCACCCGACACCCACACCUUCCACACGACCAGCAUCAGCACCGGCAUCAUCUGCACCCCGUUUGUUGCUUGGUUCUGCCGGUCCCCUCCUCCACCCCCUCCCCUUCCUCCGCUCUCAUACCAGACACUGAGAGACGCUCACCCUGGCAUCCCGACAGCAGCCACACCACCGCUCCGACUCCAACCCGGCUCGGCCUUCUGAGGCACUUCGAUUCAGGCUACAGCAAAAGCAGAAGCAAAAGCGAAGGCAAUCCGUGCUCGACAGCGCAGAGGAAGAGCUCCCAUUCCUCCGCGAGCUCCGCCACAAGCAGUCCUUUGUUGCCCGUACGCGACACAGACUCCGCUCGCCCUCGACACUACUGCUCUGCUUCGCCAUCUUUCUGGUAGUAGUCUUACAAUUCAUCGUACCGCGCCAUCUUUCGGUCUUCUUCCGCUCCGCCUACUCGCCGCAACCGCCGCCUUCCUGUCCCUCGCCGAAUCCUUUCGUCCAGGAAUUGUACUGUAGAGCUCCACAGCACGUCUCGGGAAGCCUAUAUCACAAGAGUCCGCACAGCAUGGCCUUGGCAGCAGCAGCUGAGCGCGUUGCCGCAGAGUUCGAGUACAGCAAGGAAAAUGUCAAUCGCGGCGUCAAGGAAUUCAUUAGCCAGAUGCAUGAAGGUCUGCAGAAGACAGGAGCCACUAUGUCUCAAAUUCCGACCUACGUGACUGCUGUGCCCAAUGGUACGGAGAAGGGACUCUACAUGGCAGUGGACUUGGGCGGCACGAACUUUCGAGUCUGCUCAAUUCAGCUGCAUGGCAACAGCACAUUCAGCUUGACCCAGAGCAAGGUGGCCAUUCCCAAGCAUCUGAUGGUCGCCAAGACUAGCCAUGACCUGUUCUCUUUCUUGGCUAAGCAGAUCGAGCUGUUCCUCAAAACUCACCACGGUGAUCAUUAUUCAAGUCACAAGGAGAGAAGAGGUUCCUCCUUUCGUGGAUAUAGGGAGGAAGAGAUAUUCAGCCUGGGAUUCACUUUUUCCUUCCCAGUCCAGCAAGUUGGCAUUAACAAAGGAACUCUCAUUCGAUGGACCAAGGGCUUUGACAUUCAAGAGACAGUAGGCCAGGAUGUAUGCGCUUUGCUUCAGAGUGAAAUUGAUGCGCUUGGACUGCCCGUCAGAGUGGCAGCGUUGGUCAAUGACACUGUCGGCACAUUGAUGGCACGAUCUUACACCAGUCCAGGCAAGACUGGAACUCUUCUUGGAGCCAUUUUUGGAACUGGUACAAAUGGUGCAUAUGUGGAGAAGCUCGACAAGAUUACCAAGUUGAAGAAGCUAGGAGCUGCGGCUGGCGAUAUCGACAAUAGCACUGGUGAAAUGAUCAUCAACACUGAAUGGGGCAGCUUCGACAACGGCCUUUCCGUCCUGCCAAACACGCCCUACGAUCACGACUUGGAUAGAGAGUCAGUAAAUCCAGGUAUACAGAUGUUCGAAAAGCGGGUGUCCGGUAUGUUCUUGGGUGAGAUCUUGCGGAGAGCACUGGUGAGCUUGAUGAAGGACAGCGCCGUGCCGCUCUUCACGGAUGAGCACUCCAACCAGAAUGACGUUCACAGCACUACCAACGUGGACCCAAACUCGAAGCUCUACAAGCAAUGGGGACUGGACACUAGCUUCCUCUCUACAACCUCCGGAGACAGCAGCCAGGGCUUGAAGAUCACAAGGCAGGCCCUUGAUAGCGAGCUUGGGGUCACAGCUGCUUCGGCGGAAGACGCGGAGGCGGUGCGACUUAUUGCAUCCGCUAUUGGCAAGCGCGCGGCACGCCUUUCUGCGGUUGCCAUAGCUGCGGUAGUGAUCGCGACAGAUAAAUUGAAGAAACCAGCCGACAUCUCCACCACCAACAAUGCCACUCUCGAGGUCAAUGAAGACGAUAUUGUAGAUAUUGGUGUAGAUGGCUCGCUCGUGGAGUUCUACCCACGAUUCGAGGAGUACAUCCGUGAGGCUUUGAGAGAUAUUCCAGAGAUUGGGCCUCAGGGCGAGAAGAAGAUCCGCAUCGGUAUUGCCAAGGACGGCAGCGGUGUGGGCGCCGCGUUGAUCGCGCUUGUUGCGGAUAAGGCAAGCAAAGGUCAUUCAAAUCGGUAGCGACUUCUUGUUGUACUUUACUGAUACACAUUUUCUACAGGUCCAUGGCCAUCUAAGUCGAACUCAUCGAGCAGUGGUGGUUUCUUCAGCGGCAUUCUCGACAGCAUCGGCAAGACCAUCAGAUAUCGAGUUUAAAGUGCUGUUUGAACCAGGAUUGAUGAGCUCAGAUGAGAGAAAGGAUAGAAGUGUAUACUGUGAUGUACCUGUAAAUACUGAGAUCGAAUUUCAUAGCAUUGGCGCAUCGCACUUGGGAUGGAAAAUGGCACAUUCAAUUCAAUGGAACCAGAUUGGCUUUCUGCCUAUUUCG